CAGAGUAAUAAAUGGAGAGCUUUGGUUACAGUGCAUUACCAGCUGAUAAUGGAACUCAUAGAACACCUCUCAGCCAAUCACACUGGGUCACAGGGUAGAAACUAACUGUGAGUGCUCCGCCUCUCAGCGGAAGUGGGAGUUGCUAAGCAACCAGUGUAUCGUAGGAGAGGUAAACAGAGAGAGCAGAGGGAGGAACUAGACUUCAACAUAACAGCAGAACUUAAUAAAACUGCUAAAAAUGUCGGCGCUGUUCAGCUCAAACUCUAUCAGAGCUCCAAUCCAUGACCAGAUCAGCGAACUGCAGAGGAAAAUACAGCUCCUGGAGGGCGAAAGAAGCGCGUUUUUUGAAAGUUCCGAAAACGCCAUAAAGAAGAACAAGGAGACCAUCCUGCAGCUGCGCGAGGAGAACAGGAGACUCAACAUGAGACUGGCACACGCGCUCAGAGGAGAUGAGCAGGAAAUUAAAGAGGUGUUUCAGAGCCGCUCAGAAAAAGCUGCUUUCCGGAACAUGUCCGCAAAGGCAGCAGCGGAGGUCCAAGAUCAGAAGUUGUGUUUUAAGAUGAAGAAGCUAAAUGCAAUGAAACACACCACAAACACACUCCGGCAGCGGCUGGAGGAGCUGAGAACUCAGAAUGAGCAUCUGAAAGAAGAAAGGAGAAACCCCAAGGCUGAGAAGAACACUAAGAAUGAAGUGAACCAGGCUGAACUUCAUCCCCAACAGCACAAUGUGCGUAUGUUGGAAAACCGUCUGGAGAAAGCACAGCUGAAGUGUCAGGGCGCUGAACACAUCACGAAGAGCUACCUAAAACUGAAGGAACAUCUACAGGAGGAGAGCCUGACUUUUGAGCCACGACUGAACGAGCUAGAGGCUGAGAUCCUGCGGCGUAGACAGGAACUCUGCCAACUGCAGGACAUGAAUCACCAGGCCCACCUGGCCAAGGAGGCAGCAAAGGCUGAGCUGCAACAGCAAGAAGAGCAGGUGUAUCAGGAACGGAGGAAGAGGGAGCUGAUCCUUAACCAGUACAAGAAACAGGUGGAGGAACGCCGAGCCCAGGCAGAGAGAGGAGAACGCAGAGCCCAGCGGGUGGCACUGCACCCUGAUGAGCUAAACAGCGAGGCCCAGCGCAGUGCUACAGGAGUUGGGGAGGAAGAAAGAGUACUCUCCAGCUUUGAGGAGGCCUUCCAGCACAUCAGAGAGGCCACUGGAGUGACCAACACACAGGAGGUGGUGGACAGAUUCACCUAUCAGAAGGACACUCAGAAACAUCUCGAGGAGAUGAAGGUGGAGAACGAAGCCAAACUGCAGCAGCUGAAAGAGGAGAGGGACACGCUUGAUGCACAGUUUCAGGAGAUGAAGUACUCAGGAGAGACCAACCUGAGCCGUGCACGGCAGGAGUUGGAAGAGUGUGAGAGUCACCUGCAAACAGAGCAACAGAGACAAAAUGCAGCUAAAGAGAAGGUGGAAUGGCUGACACAAACACUCAGUACUGUCAGCGCUGGAGUGGAGCACCUAACUGACAAACUGCAGAAUAUCACACUGCCCCAGUCUGAUGAGUGUGUGCAGUCGGACACUGAUAAUCGUAUUGUAAAGCUGUUGCUGGAAGCCGAGCAUAAACUGCAGCAUCUGCAAACGGAGCUGCAGGAUAAAGACCCCCACGUACUGAUGAAGGAGAUGGAGGAAGAGGAGUUCCAUGCCAGCAUUGAGGGGAAGCUUCCACAGUACAACACCCGCAUUACACUGCUCGACACCCAGAGAUCUGACCUGUAUGAAGAAGAGGAAAACAGUGGUGAAGAUGAAGGAGACAUCAUCACUCGGACUUCCCUCAAGCGUCAGUCUCAGCUUCUCAUUGACUCCAAAACCAGGAGAAAGACUCGUCUGAGGAAGAAGAGAGGCAAAUUGUGAACUCACUGUGUUCUAUCCAGUAGAUACACUGCCUGGCCAAUAAAAAGUCGCCACCUGGAUUUAACUAAGCAAAUGAUCUGUGGUUGCUGCAAUUGGUCAGGUCUAGGUCCUGUAACAUUAUGUGCUGACUUUUUUUUGGCCAGGCAGUGUAUCUAUCUACAGCUAUAGUUUUAAAAUAUGUAUUCUGUAUUUGUCAUUGCUGAUAGGAAACAUUCAUGCAUCAAAUAAAAAACUCAGAGCAGACUGA